AUGUCAGCUUGGUUCGACGACAGCUCGGAACAGGCCAAGGCCCACGAGUCCGUUACAAAGAAAGACGCGCUCUUAUCGGACGAGGAUGUUGCCAACGCUGGUGCAUAUGAGGCCGACAAGAAAUGGCACGAGCAGGUGGGCGAGAGUGGUAAACCAGCAAACCAUAUCGAGGCGAUGGAAAUCUUGAAGGGAUUCAGCCAUCCCUUCAUUGAUCAGGAGAGCCACUUGGUGCCCUCAAUCGACGCGGAUAAUGCGAAGAAGAUUUGCGAGCGGAUAUUGGAGCAGGCUGUUGCGCAGGAGUAUUAG